AUGACUUACUCUAAUAUGAAGGUCGAGUGGUUCUUUAAUGGAAAACCGCUUCCUCAUAAGAACAGGUUCCAGCCGAUUUAUGACUUUGGGUAUGUCGCUAUGAACUUCGGGUGGGUUUAUCCUGAAGACAGUGGAGAGUAUCUUUGCAGGGCGACUAAUUUGUAUGGCAUGGAUGAAACUAAGGCGGGAAACCGCUACAAGCUGAGCUACGACGGAAUGUAUCACCUGGACAUUCCAAAAACCCGUCAAUACGACCACGGAAAGGUCGAGGUAGUCGCUAGAAGCUCAUUAGGAGAAGCUAGAUGCGAGACUACCCUGACAGUGAAGCCACGUAGCGACGACUACCGCGGUGUCUUGAAGAAUUCACCCAGACGUGAGUAUUUGAGUCCUUGGGGACGAGGUCGUUGGAACACCGAGAACUUGGUAGAUCCUCCGCAAGAUUAA